UCGGUCCGGCGCAGCGGGGAGCUGGAACGGGGAACUGGAGCGGCGAUGGCGGCCGUCGGAACCGUUCUCUGAGGAAGAAUUUAUGAUAUAAGCUAAAAAUCGUGCGCGAACCUUGUAUGAUGGAAGGACGCGUCUUUCCCGAACAAGAACAGCUCCUACAGUUUCUGAGGAGGCUCAAGGAGGUUUUUGACGUCUGUGACGAGGAUGCUGACGGCUUCAUCCGGGUGGAGCACUUGGUGGAUCUCGGUCUUCAGUUCGGUCAAGGAGACGAGGUGAAGAAGUUGACACGGUACCUGGAUCCUAACGCUCAUGGGAAAAUCAACUUCAAAGACUUUUGCCACGGAGUGUUUGCCAUCAAAGGCUGUGAAGAGAUACUGAAGAUGGCCGUGGGUCCUCGUAGCCGUGCCUCCAGCCAGCCAUCUGUCACAGACAAUGGCUACAUAUACCAGAAUGGUGAGGCAAAGCUAGGUCCUCCAAUUAUCAUGUGUACACGGUCCUACCCGGAAAGCACGUAUGCUGAGGGCUCUGGUGCUGAUGGCGAGUGUGACAUGGACAGCAGCACUGAAAAUGCCAACAGCUCUGACUCACUUCACCCAACGCGGCAGGACAGCCACCUGAGUGGCUCCGCGUCUGCGUCAGUCAUCUCUGGAGAGGAGCAGUUUGAAGACUAUGGUGAAGGGGAGGAUGUGGAUUUUACUCCCAGCAGCCCCUGCCCUGAAGAAGACACACGAACAAAUGGUUUCUCAGACCUGGGAUCCUCACUUCCCUCCAGUGCUGGCCAGACCCCUCAAAAGAUGCGGCAGCUGUAUAACAGUGAGCUGCUGGACAUCUACUGUUCUCAGUGCUGCAAGAAAGUGAAUCUACUCAAUGACCUGGAGGCUCGACUGAGAAACCUCAAGGCCAACAGUCCCAACAGAAAGAUUUCCAGCACAGCAUUUGGACGUCAGCUGUUCCAGGCCAAUCACAGUGUGUUUGGGUCCAGUCAGGGCAGCAGCACAGAGGAUCUGUUCACGGACAGCAUCGACUCCUGUGACCUUGACAUCACAGAGAAAGUCAGUUACCUGGAGAAAAAGGUGACGGAGCUGGAAAGUGACAGUCUGGCUAACAAUGACCUCAAGUCUAAACUCAAACAUGAGAACACACACCUUGUACACAGGGUGCAUGAGCUGGAGGAGCAGGUGAAGGAUGCAGAGACGAAGGCUACAGAGAGUCUGAAAGAGGAGGUCAAGAAACACCGGGAGGUUUACAGCAAGCUGGAGCGAGAGAGGAACACAGAGAUAGAGCUGCUCUGUAACAGGUUACAACAGUUAGAAGAGGAGAAUACAGAGAUGAAGCUAAAUGUGUGCAGACUCAAGUCUCAGACAGAGAAAAUGGAUCAGGAGAAGCAGAGAGUGACAGACAAGCUGGAGGACACUAGUCUGAGGCUGAAGGAUGAAAUGGACCUGUACAGGAAAAUAAUGGACAAGCUCUGGCAAAACCGCCACGACUUUCAGAAGGAAAAAGAGUCCAUGCAGGAGCUGAUUGACGAUCUCCGUCGGGAGCUGGAGUAUCUGCAGUUGUUUAAGCUGGAGAUGGAGCAUCCUGGGAAAGGCAAAGGGCUGUCUGAGUUUAACGCCAAGACCAGAGAGAUGGAGAUGGAACAUGAAGUGAAGAGACUGAAACAGGAGAACCAUAAGCUGCGGGAUCAGAACGACGACCUGAACGCUCAGAUUCUCAGUCUGAGCUUGUACGAGGCCAAGAACCUGCUGUCCUGUCACACCAAGGCCCAGUGCCUGGCCGCUGAGAUCGACAAUGCUUCCAGAGAUGAGCUGGUGGAUGCUUUGAAGGAGCAGGAGGAGAUCAACCUGCGUCUGAGGCAGUACAUGGACAAAAUCAUUUUGGCCAUUCUUGACCACAAUCCCUCCAUCCUGGAGAUCAAGAGCCGGGCUACCAAAGCAAAAAUUCUGCAACUAAACAAUACCUGAGGUGGCCACAGGAGGCGCACCUUUCUGAAGGAUUUCCAUGUGAUGCUUCACAAAACUUGGGCUGCAGUAACUGAUAUUCCUAAGAAAUGAGCGUAGACCUGAUGAUAUCCAGCCUUUUAAAUAAAUCCUUAUCUAAUACUGAGCCAUGAUCACUAUUGUGUGGGAAAUGUUUGGAACUUUUUCCCCUUCUGAAAGCCAGCAGGGAAGAACUGGAAAAAUUUGGGGUAUAUUAAUAUAAAAAGCCUACAGCUCCGUGAGUGUUUUGUGUUGUGAGGUCAUUUUAAAUUUGCUCACAAAAUAUGAACAAAUUCUGGUCAGAAAAUCUCAGAUUUGUGUGUGAAACUUUUGUAAGCACAGUUUAAACUCAGAUUUGUGAACGAGGCCCGCUUCGAGUUGCUCUGGGGAGGUUUCGAUCAGCCGUAGUGCCAUUGAGCGGUGUUUUUGCAGCUUUUACUCUACUCCCAAUUUCAUGCUGUUAGACAAAGUCAGUGAUGGUAGUGUGUCUGUGACAGAAGACUGCUGAUAAAUAAUCACUGAGGUAACCAAGAGCUUAAAUGGUUUUAUUUAGCUUUGCAAGGAAGGAAACGCUGGUGAGAGCUCGGGCUGUUCUGCACUGCUCACGGUGAAAUCACAGAGAGUGGCUGUGAAACAAGUGUGUUAUAUAUCACAAAGUAUAUAUACCUGAUAUUAAAACACAGAGAAAACAGUCACGAUUCACAUGUUCACAUUGAUUUCUUUUAUUUUUGUACCACACAUGGA